UUGAAUUGUUGAGUUCAGGGAGUUUAUUCCUGAUAUGUGGGAGAAAAAAAACGGUCAAUUUGACUGUUCCGUAGAAGUGCUCAGGAAAAUUGUACUAAAUGGUUAAUUUGCGUAGAGUUUUGUAGCUUUACCAAACCGACAUAGUGGCUAGCCAUUCUUUCAUGGCAUCUUUCCAAAUCACCUUAUUUGUUGUGAUAUCUACAGCGAUUCAGCAGGUCCAGCUAACAAGCUAGCUCAGGCUUAGCAUAACUAGCUAACUGAUGUUCAGUAGGAAACAUAGCUACACAGACAUAGCUAGGUGAACGUGCCGGGUGCUUGCUAACUUCUCUAAUUUCGUGCGUCCUUGCGAUUUAAUCUAAAUUGUUUCUCUGACGGACUGUUUUCUAGCCAACAAACAAUGCAUUUCUACAAGUCUAAUGUUUAUUCCAUGUAAUUGACAAGAAGAUAGCUAGCUAACUUUGCUGGCUAACACCGCCCGGCUAGCUUCAGCUUGCUCGUUUUUGGUAACGUUACUCUUUGUUUUGACAAAGGACCUGAUAUUUUUUUUUCUUCCAUAUUUGGAAUAUACCUGGGACAUUUUUGUAUUUCCUGGGCCAUGUCUCCCCAGAAGCACGGUUCUUCUGACGGCGGCAACAACGUAUCGGGUCCCGUUGUGGGAUACGUUGGUACCGGUGGCGGCAGAGCGAACGGCCGUGUCUACCACCACCAAACAACUGCAGUUGUGGUGCCCGCAGCCAAGAAGCCGAAAAUGGAACUGGUUCAAGCCGAUCAUGAGUUGUUCUUGCAGGCAUUUGAAAAACCGACCCAGAUCUACAGGUUUCUCAGAACAAGGAACUUGAUAGCGCCCAUAUUUCUGCACAGAACCCUCACCUACAUGUCCCACAGAAACUCCAGAACAAACGACAAACGGAAGUCCUCCAGGGUGGAUCACCUGCUGUACAGAGUGGAGAAGAAGAGGGCUGAGCAGAAGACACACAGCCUGGCUUCACACCUGCAACUCACCUUCACUGGGUUCUUUCAUAAAGUCGAGAAGUCAUCAGUAGCCUCAGAGAAUGAGCAGACCUCUGUUUCGCUAGAGGUGCUGCUGGUUAAAGUCUGUCACAAGAAGAGAAAGGAUGUGAGCUGUCCAGUGAAGCAGGUUCCUACAGGGAAGAAGCAGGUGCCUCUGAACCCAGACAGCAGCACUUCCAGCAGUCAGCCCAAGCCAGGCUCCUGUCCUUCUCUGGUGGUGUCCAGUAGUGAGUUUGAUGCCAGCAACGGCCACACGGUCAAGUCCUACUCCCUGUUGUUCCGAGUGUCUGGACCAGGCAGGACGCAGCACAACGGACUGGUCAAUGGACAGACCAAUGAGAAUAUAGAGGAUGUGUGUAACAGGAAGAAGAGAAGCUCCACCGUCAGACAAGAAGAAGUGGGAGAAACAACGUUCGUAGCUCAGAUGACUGUGUUUGAUAAGAACAGGCGUCUGCAGUUGUUAGAUGGAGAGUAUGAGGUGUCUAUGCAGCAGAUGGUGGACUGUCCGGUCAACAAGAAGAGAGCCACCUGGGAAACCAACCUGGAUGGAAAGCUCCUCCCUCCGUUUGAGACGUUCUCCAAGGGUCCUACUCUCCAGUUCACACUGCGUUGGACAGGCGAGCCCAGUGAUAGGUCGACGGCCCCUGUGGCCAAACCCCUUGCCACGCGGAACGCUGACGCUAGCAGCCUGACCUCCGACCCUAGGCCCUGCUCCCUCAGACCCACUCAGACCGUAGCUGUGAAAGAUUCCUUCAGCAGUACAGAAUUUCAGAUGAGACGAGAACACACACUUGAGGAACCAAGUGACAAUCUACGCAUUUUCUACCAGUUCCUGUAUAACCACAACACACAGCAGCAGACCGAGGCUAGAGAUGACCUCCACUGUCCCUGGUGCACUCUGAACUGUAGGAGACUCUACAGUCUCCUCAAACACCUCAAACUGGCCCACAGCAGAUUCAUCUUCAACUACGUGCCCCACCCUAAAGGAGCGAGGAUAGACGUGUCUAUUAAUGAGCGUUACGACGGGGCGUACGCUGGGAAUCCUCAGGAUAUUCACAGUCAGCCCGGCUUCGCCUUCAGCAGGAACGGACCCGUCAAGAGAUCCCCUGUCACACACAUCCUCGUCUGCAGACCUAAGCGUCUUCUCCCCCCCAGUCUGUGUGAGUUCCUGGAGGCUGAUGGAGAAGGAGGAGAGGGAGACCAGCAGAGAAUCAUCCCUGGUCACAACCGCCUCUACUUCCGCUCAGACAGCUGUACCCCCAAAACACCCCAGGAGAUAGAUCACGACAGUGAGGAUGAGACGGACCCCUUCUGGCUCCGAGAGAGGACCAUCAUGCAAAUCCAGGAGUUUACAGACGUGAACGAUGGAGAGAAGGAGGUGAUGAAGCUAUGGAACCUUCACGUUAUGAAGUAUGGCUACAUAGCAGAUAACCAGAUGAACGGAGCCUGUCUGGCGUUUGUGGAAGGUUGCGGUGUGUACAUUGCCAGGAAGAACCUCUGUAGGAACUUCCUGUUACACCUGGUCAGCAUGCAUGACUUUAAACUGGUUACCACGACAACCAUCAACCAGGCCAUGACACGCCUCCGACACAUCCAGCAGACCCAGCGGCAGGAAGGAGGAGAGGGGGAUGGAGGAGAGGAGUGGGUGACAGCGCUGGAGUCUCCGUCUGAGCUGCAACCCGACUAUGCCACAUGUAAUGAUGACCACACGGAUGGUAAGAGUAACCAUGGUAAUGGCCGCACGAAUGGAAACGGCGAUGGUGAUGAAGCUGGUAGUUCUGUUGCUGUGGAAACAUCCAGGCCGAGCAAGAGGCAUAAGUUCUGAAGUACCCUCCUCCGGCCCUCUCCUGGAGGAGGGAUAAGUAUCUAAAAUGAUGCCCGGUGAUUGGCUGUGGAAGAGGGUGUUGGUGGUGAUUGGAGGGAAUAAGAGAGACUCAUGAUGACAUCAUUCCAAACAAGCACUGGGGUGUUGGGUUUACUGUAUAGAGGUGGUGGGCCAGAAUCAUUCAGUCAAUUUGGACACACACACAAAUACACACACACACACACAUUGUCCCACUGGUUAUAGCAGGGAAACCUUCAUCUAGUGUUUUCCUAUGUCUGGUUAUUCAGUCUAGCUUGUUGUCAUUAGACUAAUGUUACAGUGACCAUGAGUUGUGUAAACACAUCACUUCAGCAAUAACUUAGUCUGAGUCCCAACUGGCACCAUAUUCCGUUAUACUAGUGUGCACUACUUUUCAUCAGGCCCUGCUGUAGACUAGCAUUCUGUCCAGGGGGUGUACAUCAAGCUGUCUGCUAUAGACUAGCAUUCUGUCCAGGAGGUGUACUUGUACAUCAAGCUGUCUGCUGUAGACUAGCAUUCUGUCCAGGGGGUGUACUUGUACAUCAAGCUGUCUGCUAUAGACUAGCAUUCUGUCCAGGGCGUGUACUUGUACAUCAAGCUGUCUGCUGUAGGCUAGCAUUCUGUCCAGGAGGUGUACUUGUACAUCAAGCUGUCUGCUAUAGACUAGCAUUCUGUCCAGGGCGUGUACUUGUACAUCAAGCUGUCUGCUGUAGACUAGCAUUCUGUCCAGGAGGUGUACUUGUACAUCAAGCUGUCUGCUGUAGACUAGCAUUCUGUCCAGGGGGUGUACUUGUACAUCAGCUGUCUGCUGUAGACUAGCGUUCUGUCCAGGGGGUGUACUUGUACAUCAAGCUGUCUGCUAUAGACUAGCAUUCUGUCCAGGAGGUGUACUUGUACAUCAAGCUGUCUGCGAUAGACUAGCAUUCUGUCCAGGGGGUGUACUUGUACAUCAAGCUGUCUGCUGUAGACUAGCAUUCUGUCCAGGGGGUGUACUUGUACAUCAAGCUGUCUGCUGUAGACUAGCAUUCUGUCCAGGAGGUGUACUUGUACAUCAAGCUGUCUGCUGUAGACUAGCAUUCUGUCCAGGAGGUGUACUUGUACAUCAAGCUGCCUCACUACAGAAGCAGGAGGUGGGCUCCUGCCCUCUGGGCCGUUCUGGCUGUUACAAGGCUUACUUAGUACUUUCGUCCGCGGCCCAUAGGGCUCUAUAUAGAUCAGUGGUUCCAAAACUGUUUCACUCAGGCCCCUCUUCCAGCAUUGGGGAACAUCCAUUUCUAUGGGCACAAGCACUGUUCAUACCCCUAAAAUGUUGCAGAUGUAAAGCUUAUUUCUUUGCAAUUCUAUACAUUUUGCCAUGUCUAAUGUAUAUUCAUGUGACAAAAAAAUGAAUGUCUACGGGCUAAAAAGGCGUUUAAAAAAAAAAGUUCGCUGACGUGGGCUAGUUGAUCUGGACAUUUCUGACAAGUUCUAAAUAUCUCUAAGAAAUGCAAUGGCUGACAUGACAAAGAGGAAGUGAUGAUGCAACAACCAGUUUCUACACGUCAUCUUGAGCAUUCUAUUACAACUUUCAAGAGCAAGUUGAAAGCUGGACUGAGGUCCCGCUAGGGGGGUGCGCCCCACAGUUUGGGAACCACUGAUGUAUGGAAUAGGAUACCAUCAGUACUGUGUCCAUCCUCACUGGUUCAUCAGUAGUGUGUCCAUCCUACUUUAGCACCCGUCUUGUCUCAGGUGCCUGUUUGAGACAGACGUGGGUGUCUGUGCACUAGAUAGGGAAUAGGGUGCCAUUUGGGAUAUUUGCUUUGGGACAAACUCGUUAAAAAAAAAAUAUAUAGUUCAGUAUAGAGACGAACCGAAAAGACUUGGGAUGGACUACCUGAACAAUAUAAACGCUUGUUUUCUUUUGCUAAACGUUUUGCUACAGUGUGCACUAAUGAAUACAACCCUGAUGACGGACAGACUCUGCUGAAAUGUAUUGUUGUUGUUUUUACAAGGGGAAUGGUUGGUUGUAUGAUGAUGCAUUCUGAAUUUGAACAUUUGAUUGUUAUAUGUUUAUUACUAUGGUGGCCAUUUUGAGGCUAAACUUGAGGACGGUACGCUGGUCUGAAGUCCAGCUCUUGGAAACAGGGUUGUUGGACCAGAAGGUGUCUGGCUCAGGGUAGAAAGAUCACUUUACCCACAAUCCUAAACUAAAUGUGUAUUGCUAUCAGACCUCUGUUUAAAUACUAUUUGGAGUCUUUAACGUUUGCUCUAGCCUGCCUGGAGUGCUAGAUGGGAGGGGAGUUGCAGUUUUGGGACAAUUCUUUUGGUCCAUUUUAAGCCAGGCAAGCUCAAUCAAGCACAGAUAAAGUAUUUGAACCCAGGUCUGGUUACCAGUCAGUCAGGAUCCACUGGUGCUACUAGACAGAUGAUUCAGGCCCUCAGCGAGCGCUGAUCACAGUCAUCUGUAACCUUUUUGAGGUUGUCGGGUCAUUAGGUCACGGUUCAGUUACACUGUAUGAGCACAUUCAUCAUCAAGCUGAAACCGUGCAGCACCCCGAAUGGCUCCCUAUAUAGUACACCACUUUUGACCAGGGUCCAUAGGGUAGUGCACUACUUAGGGAAUAGGGUGCCAUUUGGGACGUACUCUUACUAUGUUGGACUAAUUUGGCAAGGUCAGUGUUGACGUCUUCAGAAAGGUGACGUGUUGACUUGCGAGACAUAAACUAUAGUAAGUAUUACAGUGGGGGAGUAAAAUGUUGAGUUUCCUGACCAAAGGGAGUUUGGAUCUGCUGCAGAUUUUCUAUUUUCCUCACCUGUGAAACUGUCCUAAAUAUCAUAUUAUUUCCUAUAUAUAGUGUACCAUAGGGCCCUGGUCAAAAGUAGUAUGGACCACAGGAGGUUGGUGGCACCUUUAAUUGGGGAGGACGGGCUCGUGGUAAUGGCUGGAGCGGAAUGGUAUCAAACACGUGAUUUCCAUGUGUUUGAUACCAUUCUAUUGGCUCCGUUCCAGCCAUUAUGAGCCGUCCUCCCCUCAGCAGCCUCCACUGGUAUGGGCCCUGGUCAACAGGAGUGUGGGCCCUGGUCAACAGGAGUGUGGGCCCUGGUCAACAGGAGUGUGGGCCCUGGUCAACAGGAGUGUGGGCCCUGGUCAACAGGAGUGUGGGCCCUGGUCAACAGGAGUGUGGGCCCUGGUCAACAGGAGUGUGGGCCCUGGUCAACAGGAGUGUGGUCCCUGGUCAACAGGAGUGUGGUCCCUGGUCAACAGGAGUGUGGUCCCUGGUCAACAGGAGUGUGGUCCCUGGUCAACAGGAGUGUGGUCCCUGGUCAACAGGAGUGUGGUCCCUGGUCAACAGGAGUGUGGGCCCUGGUCAACAGGAGUGUGGGCCCUGGUCAACAGGAGUGUGGGCCCUGGUCAACAGGAGUGUGGGCCCUGGUCAACAGGAGUGUGGGCCCUGGUCAACAGGAGUGUGGGCCCUGGUCAACAGGAGUGUGGGCCCUGGUCAACAGGAGUGUGGGCCCUGGUCAACAGGAGUGUGGGCCCUGGUCAACAGGAGUGUGGGCCCUGGUCAACAGGAGUGUGGGCCCUGGUCAACAGGAGUGCACUAUAUCGGAAAUAGGGUGUCAUUUCAGAUGGAUCCUUUGCUUCUCCAGUGAUGGGGUGGAUCUUUGCAGGUGUCAACGUGAAUUGCAAUCAAUCAGGACCCAAACAAAGGAAGCUGUUCCUACGUUCUGUACUGUACCUGUGUGCAGUAUGUUGACUAGGGUCAUGUUCAUUUGGCACAAAACGUUAGAAAGCACUCAAACGAGGAAGUUGGAGGUACUAUCUGUACUAAUACAAUAAAACUUGUCUUCUGUUGCAAAAUGUUUUGCUACAGUGCGCCUCAAUGAACAUGACCCAGGUUUGUGUAUACGUCACUUCAGGGGAAAAAGAGCAACAUUUUGCUCUGGCGAACCCAGAUAAGAAAAACAGGACUUUGUGCACCAACAUCCUAAAACCAGCUGGACGUUGGGAAUUUAGUAAUAAAGGAGUCAUAGAAAAUGUUUUCUAUUUAAAAGAAUAAAGAUGUUUUGUACUAUUACCA